ACACAGUGUGGUUAUCAGGGAUCGCAUGGGCUUUAUGUUUGCGCAGUACUGAAACUUCUGUGAUUUAUCUCCUCCUUGAAAAAAAAGCGUUUACUAAUGCAAACUGUGCUCACCCCUAUACCCAAACGGGUUCCUCUGGAAUAUGUGCCUUUUACGAAGCGGUUCCCAAAGUGCUAUCAGCAGUUUCUCGAGGAACUAAAACGACCGCGCACCCCAGUGAACUACGUGCCUAUCAAAGAAAAAUUUUUUCGGGAUGAAAACACACAGCAAGUGCUCCCCGUCGUCGAUGCACCAAUUCCAGUUAUUUACCCGCCGGAAAGCCACAAAGGACUUUGGGGCGGUGAAGGGAUCGUAAAAGGUUAUCGUAUGGCGAAAAAAAGGAGAGCAUUCUAUCCGAAUGCGAUAAAGACGAUUAUGACACUCUGGGUACCCAAGGUGUACUCUCACGUCCUGUAUUCUGAAAUCCUCGAUAAGUAUCUUAAGACCGAGGUGACUCAGCUCGCCCUGGAAAAGAUCGACGAGAAAUUCGGCUUGGACAUGUAUUUGUUGCAAACGCCAGUACAAGAUCUCAAUUCGCAGUUAGCAUUCGACCUACGUCGGAAACUUCUCCUGGCGUUAGCUAGAAAAGAUCUCUAUCCUAACGACCCGGAGAAGCGCGAGCGAAUCCUAAAGAAAUAUGCGGAGUUCAUUAUUCCCGAGGAAGAAGCCGAGUGGUUCGGUCUAAGCAUGCGCGCGGCUACCUGGAAACUGUUGGAGCAGGAACAGUACGCGAUGCAACGGGGAACGCCUUUAAAGUAUAAAUUACGGGCCGAAUACAUUAAGCUACUCAAGCAGAAUCAAGAUGCUGCUGAAAAUACUAAGAGCCAGGCAUCAUAGGUAUAACACGGAUAUCAUGUAAUAUUUUAGCGAGUAUGUCUGUCAUGAUAAAUAUUAUCGAUUGCGAUAACUAAAUGUUUAUGUGCUUACAACCCCUUGCCUCCAACCGUUAUAAAGAAGUCCACAAGUGAUCCGUUGGUGGUGGAAAAAUAAGAUAAUUCUUGGUAUUUACAUAUUAGCCGGUUCAUGCCUAAGCAACGAAAAACGUAUUGAGUGCGUUAUGGAACUCUUACAGCCUGAAAAAGAGACAAUGUUUAUG